CACUCUUCUCUCUUCUCACUCCUCCUUCCCUCAUCGGAACCACCCUCCCUUUUCAGAUUGAAUCCUCUCCGAUACUUUUCCACUCAAAACCCUAAUUCCCAUGGAUACACUUCAAGCAACAUACAAAGACGAAGAAGAUGAAGACGAAGACCUUCCACUCGCCACCACAACCGCACCCACCGCCGACCAACCCGUUUCCUCCGUCGCCACCGAUAUGGAAUCAACAUACGCACCUCUCGUCACUGCCAGCACCCCUUCUGACACCCUCACCGAACCCCAAAACGACGGAAAAUCAGAGCUCGAUCCCUCCGAUGAACCUUCCUCCGAUGAAACUGCAUCAAACGGCUUGAAUUCCCCGAAACAGAGUAGAGGAAAUGCCGACGAAGAUGAAGAGGAACCGCCUCCGAAGAAGCAGAAGCAACUGUCCUCUCUCGUCAAGGAUGAAUCGGCGUCAUUGCCGGAGGAAAACAACGGGACGGGAAAUGCUGCUGCGUCAACUGCAACAACGUCGACGCCGGCGAAUGGAACUGUGAAGAAAUCGAAGAAAAAGAGCAAUAAUGUGUGGGCAACAAAAUCAACCAGGAAAGGGAAAAAGAAGAACAAAAACAACAACAAUAAUAACAACAACACCAACAACCAAACAAAUGGUGGAGAGGACAGUGUUCUGGUGACGCCGGUACCGAGGUUUCCGGAUAAAACAGACGAUACGCCGGAUAUGAAGAUAUGUUUAUCGAAGAUAUACAAAGCGGAGAAAGUAGAGUUGAGUGAGGAUAGGUUGAGUGCAGGGAGCACAAAGGGUUAUAGAAUGGUUAGGACAACGAGAGGGGUAACUGAAGGAGCUUGGUACUUUGAGAUAAAGGUUGUGAGGUUAGGGGAGACUGGACACACACGUUUGGGUUGGGCUAUGGAGAAGGGUGAUUUGCAGGCGCCUGUUGGGUAUGAUGGGAAUAGUUUUGGGUAUAGGGAUAUUGAUGGCAGUAAGAUUCAUAAGGCUUUGAGGGAAAAGUAUGGUGAUGAAGGUUAUGGAGAAGGUGAUGUUAUUGGGUUCUAUAUUAAUUUGCCGGAUGGAGAUAAGUAUGCGCCAAAAAACAAGCAGUUGGUUUGGUAUAAAGGACAAAGGUAUGCAUUGGCUCAAGAAGCUAAGGAAGAUCCACCCAACAUUGUGCCUGGAAGUGAAAUGUCUUUCUUUAAAAAUGGUGUAUGCCAAGGUGUUGCUUUCAAGGACCUCUAUGGUGGUCGUUACCAUCCCGCUGCGUCAAUGUAUACUUUGCCAAAUGAACCAAACUGCACAGUAAAGUUCAACUUUGGUCCUGACUUUGAAUGUUUUCCUGAAGAUUUCAAUGAGCGGCCUAUUCCCAAGCCAAUGAUUGAGGUUCCUCAUCAUGGUUUUGACAAUCAAAUUGAAAAUGAGAAGAAAUCAAAUGGAGAGUCAAACGAGAAGAAAUCAAAUGGAGAGUCAGACGAGAAGAAAUCCAAUGAAGAGUCAGAAGAAAAGAAAUCAAAUGAAGAAUCGGAUGAGAAGAAAUCAAAUGGAGAAUUGGAUGAGAAGAAAUCAAAUGGAGAAUCAGAUGAGAAGAAAUCAAAUGGAGAGUCAGUUGAGAAGAAAUCAAGCGGAGAGUCGGUUGAGAAGAAAUCAAGUGGAGAGUCGGUUGAGAAGAAAUCAAAUGAAGAGUCGGUUGAGAAGAAAUCAAGUGGAGAGUCGGCUGAGAAGAAAUCAAGUGGAGAGUCGGUUGAGAAGAAAUCAAAUGAAGAGUCGGUUGAGAAGAAAUCAAAUGAAGAGUCGGUUGAGAAGAAAUCAAAUGAAGAGUCGGUUGGGAAGAAAUCAAAUGAAGAGUUGGUCGAGAAGAAAUCAAAUGAAGAGUCGGCUGAGAAGAAAUCAAAUGAAGAAUAGCCCGAGCUACAAAUUUUUGGCAAGUAUAUUUGCUGCACAGAUGGAAGGGUUCAUAUUCUGCCAUAACUUAAGUUGAUAUUAGGUUGAUUCUUAAAUGACUAGGUUAGUGGUGUAAACAUUUCGAAGGUCUUAAUAUUCUUAAAAUCCAUGGAAAAUUCUUAUACUUUUCAAGGGUCUAGUCAGAUAUUUUGUCGUUUCUCUGGCACUGUCCUUUUGGAUAUUUGUAGCCAUCUAGUUACAGAUGAUGAAUCAAUUGUUUGAUAACUUUACAAAAAAAAUAUAUCGACCUAGUUCUUAUGUUAUGCCAAGAGGAAUGCAACAUUUGCACUAAUAUAUGCAUUGCCAAGUACUAACUGAAGUUAAUGUAUAAUUUCUGUAAAUAAUUGUGGAAUUUAUAAUUUAAAAAAAAACUAUAUGGAAAAUAGUAAAAAUUUAAAAACUUAUGAACCAUGUAUUAUCCAAAACAUUAUUAUAUAAUAGUUUCUUUAAUAUAGAAAUAAACAGUAUAUCCAAAUGCAUUAUUAUAUAAUGUUGGGGGUAAUAUAUAUAGUGUGUGAAUAUUGUGCAUUUUAUAUCAGGAAACAAUGGAAUUCAAUGACAUGGAGAGUUGAGACCCUCUUGACAAGACAAUGGAUGCAGUGGUUGGUGUCUCUUGGAAGCGAACGACGGAGUUUUCCUGAACGAAGACCGCUUCAUGAUUCGUUGCAGUGUUUGCUUUGUGUAGAUACUGUGAAGGAAAGGUACAACUCUCUCCUUAAAUUUGAGAAUGAAAAAGAAAAUAACUCUUAGCAAAACCAGGAUGAAGAUGACCACAGCUAAGUCCCACCAUUUUGAAUAAUCAACCUUCAUUCCAAGCAUUGUUGUGAGGAUUAUUUCUCCUUUCACUUUUGGUCCACCAGCUAUCAAUGGACCAAACUCCAUUCCAAUCAUGUCAUUCUUGAAUGCUCCCUGCAUGCAUUCCCCAGAAUCAAUAAGGUUAUGUCACACACUAACACAUUAAAAGUUGCAAUUGGCAUAAACAUGUAACUAUGUAAGUGUUUAGAAGAGUUUAUAGCUCAAUUGAUAGCUGUGCAUGUAUAUCAGAUUUUAGAGUGCGGGUUCAAACUUUUAUACAAAGUUUA